UGACGCGAGCCCGCCAGUCACGUGAUAGGGGCUCCAUCGUCGCCAUCUUGAAGCGGUGGCCGGAGGUAUUAUGGAAGAAGGAAGCACUGUUGCAGUAUUGAUGCCAGAUAUUGGGGAACAGGAGGCUGUGCUGAUUUCUGAAAACAGUCAUUGGCCCAGCACUGGCAGAACAGUGAAGAUCAGAGAAAAUGUAAAAACUGAUCCACUAAUCCAUGUUAUCCAGAAACUAAGCAAGAUAGUUUGAAAGUGAGAAGUCACAAGAUGCCUUUUAAUAGGGAAAAAAACGUUCCCAUCCUAGUGCUGCUUCCCUGCACAGUCCUUUGAUGCAGAUGAUCUUUGUGAAAUCCCAGCUAAAGCAAUUGAGCUAUCUGUAAUUGCUGCUAAAAAGACUGAAGAGUUACAAGCAGAUUAUUUUGUGACUGAAUGUCUUCCACAAAGCAAAAAAAGGUGACGUGCUACCAGUGUUAGUCUGUGUUAAGUUUCUUCACCUUCUCUCUUAACGCUACAAGAACACAUAAAACAACACGGGCAGAAAAACGAAGUGAUAUUAAUGUGCUCAGAAUGUCAUUUUGCUCCAAAAGCCAAGAAGAACUUUGAAUCACACUUCCAAAGUCACCAUGAGGAUUAUGGUAAAAAUAACAUCCCAACAAAAGUGCAGCAAUGUGUAAAUGUUGCAAGUUCAUUUUUGCAAGCACCUGUGGAAGGAUGUGUCAAGGCAGGGACUGAUCAGACAGGAAAUCCAGAAUGUAAAGAUGUAACUCCAUCUACUCACACUCCUGAAGUGGGUGGGAGGAAGUGGUACACCUACGAGCAGUACGGGAUGUACCGGUGCUUGAUUUGUCGGUACACCUGCGGUCAGCAAAGAAUGUUGAAAACACAUGCUUGGAAACAUGCAGGUGAGGUUGACUGCUCCUAUCCUAUCUUUGAGGAAGAAAAUGAAAUUACCAGCUUGUCUGAGACAGUUGUAACUCACACACCUCAUACUGUGGAUACAGUUGUUCUUUCUUUGGAAAAUAAUGAACUUGAUAUCCCUGGUGAACCUUCUCUUCAACUUCAGAUUUGCAAUUCUGAGCAACUGUCGUGUAAAUCGCCUGUAGGAACAAAUGUUAAAGAAGAAGAGAUGCUGCAUCAGUCUGUAGUGCAUUCUCCCACUACAGAGGUUUUAGAGGAGACUGUAUCAGAUGCAGAACAGGAUAAUAUGAUAACAGAUAGCCUACUUUCAUCAGCACAGAAAAUCAUCAGUUGUAGUCCAAAUAAAAAGGGUCACGUUAAUGUAAUAGUGGAGCGUUUGCCAGGUGCAGAAGAAAGUGUCUUGCAAAAGCCUUUCUUGAUGAACACUGACAUUGAAAGAGAAAAAAAAUCAAUCUCGGAAGAAUCCCAUGUUACCUGUGAAGAGCCUGAUGAAGUUUAUCAUUCAGAUGAAAUUCAAGAAGUAAUAAUAGGAUGGAAUAAUACCGAGAAGAAAGAUAAUGAAUUAAGCUCUAAUAAAAACUUAGGAACUGAUGAAAAUGUGCCUCCUGCACGAAGAAGGACAAAUUCUGAGUCUUUACGACUCCACUCAUUAGCUGCAGAAGCUCUUGUUACAAUGCCAACCAGAGCUGCAGAACUAACCAGGGCCAACUUCAGGGCUGUGACUGGAGAGGAUGAUGUGGACAGAGGUGCCGGACUGGGAGAAGCUGAUGGCCAGUGUAUGGCUCAUUCUAAAGUGAUGUCCUCCCUUAAAAGCCCUUCAGAGGAGUUCAGUGGCUUAAACCAAAGUGAAUGUGCAAUAGUUGAGAUACAGAAAGAAAGGCCAGUGUUGUCAGAAGCACCAAUUAAAAUGGGCAUCAGUAUGUCACUGCUCACUGUCAUUGAAAAACUGAAGGAGAGGACAGAUCAGAAUGCUUCUGAUGAUGACAUUCUGAAAGAAUUACAAGACAACGCACAAUGCCAAAAUGCAAAUGAUGCAAAUAUUCCUGGGAGUAACCUAGUUGAAUAUAUACCUAAUGCAGAUCGACCCUACCGCUGUCGCCUCUGCCACUACAGCAGUGGCAAUAAGGGCUACAUAAAGCAGCACUUGAGAGUCCAUCGUCAGAGGCAGCCAUACCAGUGUCCUAUCUGUGAACACAUUGCUGACAAUAGUAAGGAUUUAGAGAGCCACAUGAUCAACCACUGCAAAACAAGAAUGUAUCAAUGCAAGCAGUGUGAAGAAUCCUUUCAUUAUAAGAGCCAGCUGCGAAAUCAUGAAAGAGAACAACAUAGUCUUCCAGAUAUCUUUUCAACAGCUACAUCUAACAAACUAAUAGUUUCCAAUGAAGCAGAUGAAAGAGAAGGAAGUAAAUCCUCAGUUCAGAAACUGUACAGAUGUGAUGUAUGUGACUACACAAGCACAACUUACGUUGGUGUACGGAAUCACAGACGAAUUCAUAACUCUGAUAAGCCAUAUAGGUGUUCUCUCUGUGGAUAUGUAUGUAGCCAUCCCCCAUCCUUGAAGUCUCACAUGUGGAAACAUGCAAGUGACCAAAAUUAUAACUAUGAACAAGUGAACAAGGCUAUUAAUGAUGCAAUUUCACAAAGCAGCAGGUUUCAAGGACAGCUUCCUGACAAAACCUUAUUAGAAGGCACAGAUGAAAGUACAGUACCUAUACUAGGAAAUUCCGACAACUUGCUCUCUUUUACAGAGUCUACUAACCAGACUACAAAUGAAAUUUCAGGUUCUGAUGAAAAUGAAAAACCUAGCUUGAUGAAUACCUCAUGCAAUUUAGAAAAGAACUCUGCUCUACCCCAUCUUGGCACAGAAUACUGCGUUCUUCUCUUCUGCUGCUGCAUUUGUGGUUUUGAGUCUACCAACAAAGAAAAUCUGUUGGAUCAUAUGAAAGAACAUGAAGGUGAAAUAAUAAACAUCAUUUUAAAUAAGGAUCACAGCACAAUUCAGAGUACAAACUAAGUGAAGCAGUAAGCUAAAGACAGGGUUUCCUAGAGUUAACUUUUUUCUAUCUUUGCUAAUCUUUGCCUGAGAAACUUACUAAAGAGAAUUGCAAGCAAAACUUGAUUUCCCAUUCUGAGUUCUUGUUUCAGUAGGAGUACAGUAUUUUAACCAAGGACUGAUCAGUCAUUUAAGAGAUAAAUAUAAGGAGUGGAAAAUAAAAUGAUCCAUUGUAACCUCUUAUUUCUCUAUAUGGUGCCAAGAAUUUAGGAUUGUUGGAGGUUUUUUCUUUAACUGUCAGGUACUAGUCAGUAAUGUAUCAUUAGUACAGUAUGUUAAAACUCAAAGGUAUGAAAGCUUCGUCCCAACUGAAAAGCUUUUUUCUUCCUCCCUCUUCAUUGUUCUCCAAGUACUGCAGUAAAGAACAUUUUCGACCUCUUGUUUGAAACUGGCAAUAGACCAGAUAAAAAUUUUACAAUAUGAUCUUAUAAACCCCAUUGCCUGGAUUCUGGAAGGCAGGGAAAGGUGAGGUAGGCGAGGGCAUGUGUGUGCUUGCAUAGACAUUUCAUUUUGCCCAAUAUAUUUCUAAGGCCUUACAAACUCCAAGUUUUCCUUUCACAAAAAUCUGUUCUCUUUUCUAUUGAUGUAGAGCAGCAGGAGCUGAGGAGCCUCUAAGCACUUUGCUAAUAACCAUUUUUCUGAUUGGAUCCUUACUAAAAAAGCUAUCUUUUGAAUUUAUAGUAUGUAAAAGAUGACAAGAAUGACCUGCUGUUUCUUGAUGGUUUUCAUUCAACGGAACUAUUUAAAAAAAAAAAAAAAAAAAAGCAACUCAUCAUGUCACUUUUAAUUUGUGAUUACAUUGCAGAUUGUAUGAGCAAUGUUUCUUAAUGAGAACAAGAUAUUAACAGUAACUGCCACACAGAUACAUAGAUUAAACAUAUAGAUUCCUAAAGAUGUAGAUAAGCAUAAAGUGGGAUUUUAAGAAACACCUACAUUCUUUGGAGUUCUUUGAAAUUCCAGUGGCUAAAAUUUCACUUUUGUCUGGCAGACCUGUAACUGUAGAAAUAAUUAACUGAAAGAGUAAUCUUCCUGUAGAAAAUUAUUUUUUAAAAAAGCAAGCAAUAUUUUAAGCCAAAACUGUAUCUGGACACUUCUAGAAUGAAUUUUCCUAGUGCAUAUAAUGGAUUCAUUAAGAGA